AUGAGCAACAGCAUGCGAGACUUAAUCUCUGGUGAAGCCGAGCUCGAUGACGAGGAAGAGGAUGAGUCAUUCGACGAAGGUGGCGGAAAGCGCAGACAGAAGAAUGCGGUCGAAGACUCGAGUGAAGAGGAGGAAGAUGACGACGAUGAAGAAGAAGCUCGCAAGAUUCGCGAAGGAUUUAUCGUCGACGAAGAUGACGAAGACGAAGGCGGCGAUUCCGAUGCCGACGUGCGACCCAUCCACAAACGAAAACGAGAGCAUCGCGACCGCGAAACAGAAGCACAGCUAGACGAGGACGAUCUCGAUUUGAUCGGUGAACAGUUUGGCGAGCGACCUAAACCUCAAGCACAGUCCAAGUUCAAGCGCCUUAAGCGUGGUACCCGCGAUGAAGAUCGAGGCAAUCAGCGCCGUGGCUUAGAUGAUAUCUUUUCCGAUGAAGAAGACGAUGCAGGCGAACAACGAUCAUAUAAUAAUAGAUCGUCCUAUCGCCAAGCGGACGAGUUUGACGAUUUCAUUGAGGAAGACUUUCCCGAUGAUCCUGAAGAGUUGGAACAACAACGGGAAGAUGCCGAGGUUGCCCGACCCAGAGACCGCGUCAUUGGAAACAUCGCCGACACUGCCAACCUGGAUAAGGAUGCCUUGGAUGAUAUGGAGGCCAUCUUCGGUAACGGUGAAGAAUACGACUGGGCAUUGCAGAUGGAAGAAGAGGAGGAGGAUCGUGAGAGGGAAGAACAAACGAUUGAGUUGAAGGACGUGUUCGAGCCUUCGCAACUGAAGGAGAAGCUUCUGACCGACGAAGACAACGAAAUUCGGUUCACUGACGAGCCCGAGCGAUUCCAAAUCGACCGAAAAACCUUUAAGAGCCUACAACUUACGGCAGAGCAGUUCAGAGAGGAGGCGCGCUGGAUCACCAACCAGUUAUGGCCGAAGAAGGGUCUUGCCCCAGAUCUGCAGAGCCCUUUUGGUAAGGCUGUGGGCAAAGUCCUCGAGUUCUUUAUCGUCGACGAGGUCGAGGUACCAUAUGUGUUCCAGCACCGCAAAGAUUAUCUGCUUCAUACCCGCAAGACACGGAAUCCGAAUCGCGAUGAUCCUGAUGCGCCAGAAUACGUCAUUAGCGCAGACAAAUUGCUCAACCAGGAUGAUCUGUGGAAGAUUUUGGAGUUGGAUAUCAAAUUUCGAUCUUUCGUGGAUAAGAGGAACGCCCUCGAGAAGACGGUCGAGAACCUGAAGGGGAUGCAAAUCAACGAUGCAAUGGUGGAUGAGAUGAUUCCUGAGGCGACGACUAUGGAGGAACUCCAAGAUUUGCAGGAUUACCUGCAUUUCCAAUAUGGCCCUCAGUUAAAGGACCUCGCUGCCAUGGCUGGUAAUCUGUCGUUGACUAAGCGGCCAGGUUCCAAGUCCAACCUACUGGAAAGAGUUCGUCAAGGUAAGGCGUAUGGCUUUGUCCGCGCCUACGGCAUCUCAGCAGACCAACUCGCCAAGAAUGCCCUUCGACACGGAAAGAAGAUUACUCCUGAUGAUGACGCACAAUAUCCCAUGGACUUGGCGGAUAGUUUGAUUGAUGAUGUUUUUAGUACAGGCGAUCAGGUCAUCAGUGCAGCUCGACAGAUGUACUCGGAGGAGUUGUUUUCCAGCCCAAGGAUGCGCAAACAUUUCCGUAACUCAUACUAUCAGGCCGCCGAGAUCAGCUGCCGCCGAACUGAAAAGGGACUGCGCAGAAUUGAUGACUCUCAUCCCUACUAUGAGAUCAAGUAUCUUCAAAACCAAGCUAUCGCCGACCUAGUUCAUCAGCCAGAGCUCUUCUUGAAGAUGAUGAAGGCCGAAGAGGAAGGACUUGUUACUAUCAAGCUCGAUAUGCCUGAUAGAUAUGGUUUCCGACGACAGCUUUAUCAGGAGUUCGAAUCCGAGAACUUCAGUGAUCGAGCUGAGCAGUGGCGAGAAGAACGCAAGAAGGUACUGGACCUUGCUUAUCCCAAAUUGGAGAAAAUUAUUGCAAAGAACGUCAAGGAGGUCAUCCGCACUUUCUGCCAAGAUGAGGUUCUCAAGAUGUGUCGGGAGGAAUACGCCAAGCGACUUGACCAAGCGCCCUACAAGCCCAAGGGCAUGAUUCUGGGCACUACGCCACGCGUCCUGGUUCUCUCCAAUGGCAUGGCCGAUCCCGCUCGCGAUCCAAUUUGCUGGGCGUGGGUAGAAGAAGAUGGACGAGUGAUUGAACAAGGCAAGCUAGGAAACCUCGCUCGAGAUGAACGCCAGAGAGAAGAGUUUGAAGAACUCGUGAAGCGCCGUCGACCUGAUGUGAUUGGUGUUAGCGGUUGGUCUGCUGAAUCGACCAAGCUGGUGCGUGACUUGGAAAGCCUGGUCAAUGAGAAGGGUCUUAUGGGACCCGAGUUCGAGGACCCCGACACCAACGACUAUAGAACGGAGCCUUUGGAGGUUGUCAUAGUGAAUGACGAGGUUGCUCGCUUAUACAAGGACAGCCCUCGCGCCCUGGCCGAGCAUCCAAGCUUGAAUCCCAUUACGAGGUACUGCGUCGCCCUGGCGCGAUACAUGCAGAACCCUAUGAAGGAAUAUGCAGCUCUCGGCAAGGAUGUUGCCUCGCUUUCUUACCACCCAUGUCAGAACCUCCUCCCCGCCGACAAGCUGGCUAAAUAUCUGGACUCAGCCAUGGUAGACAUGGUCAACCUCUGCGGUGUAGAUAUCAACGAGGCUAUGAACGAUACGUACACCGCCAACCUCCUGCCUUAUGUUUCUGGAUUGGGACCUCGAAAGGCUACAAGUGUUAUCAAAGCUAUCAACGCCAACGGUGGUGCUGUUGGCACAAGAGAUGAGCUCGUCGGUGAUCCAGAUAGUGGAAAAUUGCCAGUUGUGGGCCCUCGAGUUUGGAACAACUGUGCAAGUUUCCUCUUCAUCGAGUACGAGGCUACCAACCCAUCGUCUGAUCCACUGGACAACACACGAGUUCAUCCCGAGGAUUACGAACUGGGCCGAAAGAUGGCUGCCGAUGCCUUGGAACUUGAUGAGGAAGAUGUCAAGGCUGAAACAGACGAGAAUGGACCUGGAGCCAUUGUCCGCAAGCUAUUCAAACAGGAUGAGCAGGACAAGGUCAACGAGCUAGUACUGGAGGAGUAUGCAGAGCAGUUGGAGAGCAACUACAGCCAACGCAAGCGAGCUACUCUGGAGACGAUCCGUGCCGAACUCCAAGCCCCUUACGAAGAACUUCGAAGAAACUUCGCUCUCUUGUCACCGUCAGAAAUAUUCACUAUGUUCACUGGUGAGACCAAACAUACCCUUUGCGAGGGCAUGAUUGUUCCCGUGAACGUGCGGGUUGUCAAGGAGGACUUUGCUAUCGUCAAACUCGACUGUGGCAUCGAGGGCCGAGUUGAGGGCCAUGAGGUUAGCCACCGAUCAUCGAUCAAGGAGGUCCUGAGCUCUGGACAGACAGCGCAGGCUAAGAUUCUGGAUAUCAACUACAAGGACUUCAUGGCCAAGUUGUCCAUGCGUGAAGAUGCCCUGCGUGUUCCUUACAAGCGGCCCAUCAACCUCGGCCGGGAUGGAUGGGAUUAUACUCUGGAAGCCGCUGAUAAGGAAGAGCUGCGGGAGAAGGACAAGACAACCGGACGCACGCAGCGUGUCGUCAAGCACCCUAAUUUCAAGCCCUUCAAUGGUCUCCAAGCCGAAGAAUUCCUCGGAUCUCAGCCAAACGGCGAGGUCAUAAUUCGACCUUCGUCCAAGGGCAACGAUCACCUGGCGGUAACUUGGAAGGUUGCAGACGGUGUGUUCCAACACAUUGACGUCCUUGAGAUGCAAAAGGAGACCGAGUUCUCGGUGGGUAAACUGCUACGUGUUGGCGGCAAGUAUACGUACACCGAUCUGGACGAAUUGAUCGUCGAGCAUGUCAAGGCUAUGGCGCGCAAGGUGGAGGAGUUGAUGCGUCACGACAAGUACCAGAACCGAUCUCGGGGAGAGACAGAAAAAUGGCUAACGACUUACAUCGAUGCCAACCCCAAUCGAUCUGCAUACGCUUUCUGCAUCGACACCAAACACCCUGGGUAUUUCUGGUUAUGUUUUAAGGCUAGUAGAGCAGCCAAGGUUAUUGCGCUGCCGGUGCGCGCCAUCCCGCAAGGCUUUGAGCUCAAGGGUUAUCAAUACCCUGACAUGCGAGCGCUGUGCAACGGCUUUAAGCUGCGUUACCAGAACGAAUUCUCGAAAAUGGGCCAACGUUAG